AUGGGUCAACGGCAGCGAGCGACUCUCGCGUAUCGCCCACAAGCAAACGGGGCGGCGGAGCGCAUGGUGCAGACGAUCACGAGGGCCAUCAAGAUGUACAUCGCGGACAACGAUCAGCGCGACUGGGACGAGUACGCAGAACGACUCACCUACGCCCUGAAUACCGCCCACGAUCGAACACGGGACGAAACACCGUUUUUCUUGGUGCAUGGGUGGGACCCACGGUCCACCCUGGAAGCGACGCUAGCGAUUGGUAACACCUCACAUCGCGACGUAGAAGCUAGGCGAUGGAGAAUGCGUAUACAUCGUCACUACAAAACCGCGCGCGCACAAGCACUCGAGUUGUUCCGCGAAGCAGUGGACACGCGGGCCACACGGAAGAACGCGCGCGCGACGGAACACGCAAUACAACGCGGAUCCCAAGUCUGGCUGUAUCUCGAUCGGGUCAAGCCCGGAUACGCGCGCAAACUUGCGCACUUGUGGCACGGCCCGUUCCGCGUCGCCGAAUUGCUGAAGCCUGUCCAUGAAUUCCCGUCGCGACCUGAGUUGCGACUGACGGUGCCAGCGGAGGAGCGGUUCGAUUUCGAUGAAGAGCUCCUCCCGGAGGACAGCUGGGAGACACACGAUGCGGACGACGAUGUAUACGAGGUCGAGCAAAUCCUAGAUGUACGCGAAGGUCGCACAACGCGCUAUGGACGAACGCGGCGCUUCCGUGUGAAGUGGCGAGGAUACCGAGAGACGAGCUGGGUGGAUGAGCUGGACUUGAACUGCGGAGGACUCUUGUAUGACUUCCUGCGAAAACGCACAGGUCGAAGCCGAUUCGAAGUGAUGCAGUCCCACGAGGACGCGUCUACCGAGAGCUGA